GAUCAGAUGAAGUGACUGGGGGAAGAAACUUUUAAGAUGGUGUGAAGUUUUAGUUUUGUUUAUAUUCCGGGUGGCAGGGUGGAGAUGCGUCUCUACCAAAGGAGAUAUAAGGCACUCUCUCUAGUCUGCAGGUCAUCCUUGGGCAAGGUGUAGCACCUGUUUACCCCACCCCACCAGGCUCAAGUGAAGCCAUGGGGAGUAGUGGUCAAUGGUCGUAUCAGCAGCUGGUGCAUAUCGCAAGUCCUGGUUAUGUGACCACUGAUGCCAUGCAGACAAUUCUGAAGAAUACUGAUAGCAGCUGGGGUCACCUGUCUCAUAAAGACUCUGCUCAGAAGAAGGCAAUGGCAAACCACUUCUGUAUAAAAAUUUGCCAAGUAAAAUCAGGGUCAAGCAGACCAUAAUCGCCCACGUCAUACAACAUGGCACUUAGUGAAAAUGAUAAAAUUGGUGGUGAUAGCGCUGGGUCACAGUGGACACUUAGUGGUUGGUUGCUGUAAUCACAAAGCCAGCAAGAAAGACAUGCAGCCAGAUUAGGUCGGGUGAGAUGAUUGCUCGUUUCGACUCUGCAGUUACCGUAUAUGAUACAUUCUCUCAGCAAGUGACGUUUCCCGAGAAUCUGUCCCAGUUGCUAGUUUCACUUCCAAGGGAAGAUUCACACUCAGGUACCUCUGGAAGGGGAGUACAUGUUGUCCACUGGCUUUCUACUGGCCUCCUGGGGUUAGAGGUCACUGCAGGACAGAACAUAGAUGAUAAUAUUUUAAAUUGAGAACUAUUUAAGAACAUAAAACAUAGAGCAGGAGUCACCCAUUGGGGCUGCACCACCAUUGAAUAUGAUCAUGGCUGUUCUGCCCAUGGACUCAGCUCCAUCUCCCUACAUUUUCUGCAUAACCCUUAACUAUCAGACACAUAAAUUAUAUAUAUUUUAUAGUGAGCAAAGCUCUCUCUACCUUGACCCAUACACAGACUCAAGGUAGGGUCAGCAAGCGGGUAAGAAGGAAGUAUACUUGCCCUUAGUGCUGGUGCAGUUAGCCCUCUGUGGGUCCUGGAGGUAAGCUGUGAGGGGCUUUGCCCAGGCUGACUGCCUGGCAAUUUUCCCAGGGUAUGUCCGUGCACAGAGGGGACUGCUACCAUUGGAGAAGGAGGUACAGGAGCAUGAAGACACACAGUCAACAUUUUAGAAACAUUUUACCGGGUGUAGUGUAUCUAAGUUUGCUGAUGAUACUAAAUUGAGUGGAAAAGCAGAUUGUGCAGAACGUACAGAGAGUCUGCAGAGAAAUAUUGAUAGGUUAAGUGAGUCGGCAAGGGUCUGACCCAUGGAAUGCAAUGUUGGUAAAUGCAAGGCCAUCCACCUUGGAAGGAAAAAUGGAAAAGCAGAUUAUUAUUUAAAUAGUAAAAAAUGCAGCCUGCUGCUGUGCAGAGGGACUUGCGAGUGCUUGUGCACGAAUCACAAAGGUUGGUUUGCAGGUGCAGCAGGUUAUCAAGAAGGCAAACAGGAUGUUGGCCUUCAUUGCUGGAGGGAUUGAAUUUAAGAGCAGGGAGGUUAUGCUGCAACUGUGCUGGGUACAGCUCAGGCCGCACCUCGAGUACUGUGUGCAGUUCUGGUUUCCUUACUUGAGGAGGGAUAUACUGGCUUUGGAGGCAGUGCAGAGGAGGUUCACCAGACUGAUUCCAGAGAUGAGGAGAACAGAUGAUAAGGAGAGAUUGAAUCGCCUGUGACUGCACAUGCUGGAAUUCAAAGAAUGAAAGGAGAUGUUAUGGAAACAUAAAAUUAUGAAAGGUAUAGAGAAGAUAGAGGCAGGAAAGUUGUUUCCAUUGAUAGGUGAGACUAGAACUAGGGGACACAGCCUCAAGAUUGGGGGGAGUAGAUUUAGGACAGAGAUGAGGAGGAAGAAUUUUUCCAAAAGAGUGGUGGGAGAAUUAAAGGUUAUGGGAGAAAAGCAGGUGCAUGGAGCUGAGUCCAUGGCCGGAUCAACCAUGAUCUUAUUGAAUGAUGGAAUAGGCUCGAUGGGCCGGAUGGCCUAUUCCGGCUGCUAUUUCUUAUGUCCUUAUGUUCUUCUCCUCUGCCAUCAGAUAUCUGAACAAACAAUGAACCCAUGAAUACUACCUCACUACUUUUGCUGCCGUAUUGCACCACAUGCUUAAUUUGUUAUUUUAAUAUAUAUUUUAAAAUUAGUUUUUGUAAUUUAAGUGUAUUUUAUGCAUUGCACUGUACUGCUGCUGCAAAACAGCACCUUUCACAGUAGAUGUCAGUGAUAAUAAAUCUGUUUCUGAUUCUGAGAAUGUCCGAGGUCUUUGAUUACGAUUGCUGCCAUACUGGGUCAGAGAGAGUAAAGCUCCCUCCACAUUGUCCCAUCACAUGCUCCCUGGACAGCGACAAGACAGAUACAAAGCACUUUCUCAGAGGCUCACACCUGUCACCACAAUGUGACGCCGUUUCAUUUGAACGCACCCAAGAUGUAAAUUGUCAGGCAAAUAUAUCCAGAGCUGAGUGAAGCUAGUCAAAUUAGUGAAUACUGCAUCUGCGGGAGGUUCUAUUUGGAAGGCAAUUAUAUCAUCCAUAGUCAGGGUACCAAUUCAUAUCCCAGGGCCUUGAAUUGAGCACAUUUGCCCAGCCUGUGGGAAGCCUGUUUAGGGCAGCUGUUAAUGUCAGUUGAGCCCUGUAACAGUAACAAUGGCCGUCAAUGAAAAGCUCUGCAGCCUGUCACACAAAAGUGAAAAAUAGAAACUGUCUAUGAUCAUCAUUAAGAGCGGCAGAAUCCUCUGACAACUAUCAUUGCAGUGGUGAUUUAACUGAACUGGCAGGACAUGUGUCAGCGAGAUGUCACAUUCAGGAGCCUUGGCCGUGCCUUAUCGUCUCCAGAUGUAACUUCAGUUCCUGAACCCCUCAUCGAGUCCAGGGAACAGUGAUCCCGUCUUCUCCCAAUGAUCCCAUAGCUCCUCUUCUGGAACAUGAACUUUCAUUCUCUCUGAAGCUCAGUGCCAAUCAUGACUUCAAACAAUGUCAAACACAAAAUGCUGAUGGAACACAGCAGGUUGCGCAGCAUCUACCCACGAAUAAGCAGCUGAUGUUUCUGAUCCAGAAUCAUCAUCGGCCCAAAGUGUUAACUGUUUAUUCCUCUCCAAACAAUAAACGCUUUGCAACCCACUGAGUUCCUCCUCCACGUACCCAUCCCUGCCCCCUCUCACACUCACUCCGUGUCCCCCUCUCCACUUCCACUCCCUGUGUCAUGCUUUGUCCCCUCCCAUCCCAAAGACCACUCUCUCCUUUCCCCGUGUCACCCCUCUCCCAUGUCUCAUUUCCCCCAUCUCUCAUUCUCCUCCCUGUGUUCCUUCACUCCCCCUCCUAUCGUUGUCCAUCUUCUCCCCACCUCCCCACCCUUCCCCGUGUCCCGCCUCUCCCCUCUCCUCCCUGUUCACCUCUCCCUUCCCCACCGUCACCCCUCUCCCUUCCCAUCCCCAUGUCUCUUCUUUCCUCCUCCCUGUGUCGAACCUCUCCCCUCCACUCCCUGCAUCCCCAUUUCCCCCUCCCCUCCCCAUGUCACCCUUCUCCACCUCCCCCCAUGUCCCCUCUUUCCUCCCUUUGCCCAUCUCUGUGUCUCCCUCCCCUUCCCCACUGUGUCCCCUGACUCCCCAUCCCCUCCCAGUGUCACCGCUGUCCCUCUCCCCUCCCCAUUCAUUCCUCCUCCCUAUGUCUCCCCAUCCCCUUCCAGUAUCCCCUUCUCUCUCCUCCCUACCCCGUUCUCCUUCUUCCUCUCCCCAUAUCAACUCCCCUCCCUGUGUCCCCCUCCCCCUCUCUUCUGGGUGCUCUAUCACUCUUCCCUCCCCAUAUCCCCCACUCCCCCUACCUGUGUCUGAAUCUCCGCCCAUCCUCCUCUCUCACUCCCCUACCUGUAACCCCCCUCCUAUCUCUCGCCCUGUCCCCCUCUCGCCUUUCUUGUCCCUCUCAUCCCCACUCCAUGGCCCUCCUCUCCUCCCCUCCAUGUAUCCCCCUCUGCUCCUCCACUCUCUGUGUACCCCCUCUCCCCUCCCCUUCUGGUGUCACCCUCUCCCUUCCCUGUGCCUCCUCUCCCUGAAUCGCACCUCUCUCCCUGCCCACCCCAUGUCCCCCUCUUCCCCUUGCCUUCCCUGUUCAUUUUCCCACUGUCCUUCCCUAAUAUUCUGCCUCCGUCUUCCCUUCUCCCCAUAUCCUUCCCUCCAUGUGUACCCCUCUCUCCUCCUGUCACCCCUCCCCUUCCUUUUCCCAUCUCACCAUCUACCCUUCCCCUCUGCAAAUCACCCAGACCUCUCCCCACCCUGUGUUCCCUUCACCCCUCCUCAACUGCCCUCUCCGAACAUCGGUCCCCUUGUUCCUCUUUCCUCCCUCCCUUCCUGGCAUUCUCCACCGUCUCCCUCUUCCCUUCUUCCCCCACCACUCCCUGUGUACCCUCUCUGCUAACCCUGCCUUCCUCCCCGCUCCAUGUCCCCCUCUGCCAUCCCCUCUCCUUCCUCCCCUCUCUGCAUCCCCCUCCCCUCUUUGUGUUUGAUGCAUCAUAAUAACUCUCGGAGAUGGGAGGUGAACGAAAGGCUUUUAUUAGCAGCAAAUGGAGCACAGCAUCUCGGAGACUGAGGGAGGAGCAGUGCCUCCAAUCGCCUUUAUACAGGGGUCUGUGGGAGGAGCCACAGGAGCAGUCAGCAGAGGGGCGUGUCCAGUUGGGUAUACAUAGUUUAUCACAGUGUUCCACACUUCACUUUCCUUUCCUGCUCUACCCACCCCUCCCCCUUCCCUCCCAUUGUCCUCUCUCUUGCCCUCCCUUCCCUGCGUACCCCUCUUCCUCUCAUCUCCAUGUGUCUAUCUCUUUCCCUUCCCUUACCACAUCCCCCUGCCCCUCCCCUCCCCACGUCUCCCACUCCCCUUCUGCUCUUCAUGACCCUCUUCCCUUCCCCUCCACCUCCCCAAACCCCUCUCCUUCCCCUACCCCUCUGUCAUCCCCGCCUCUCCUCAAUAUUUCCCCCUUUCUCCCACUCUCUGUGACCACCUUGCCUUCCCCUCCCCAUGUCCCAUCUCCCCCUCCCCUAUUCCCCUGACUCCAUCCUCUCCUCUCUGCACUCUCCUAUUUUUCUUGCACCACCACACAUCCCGUUCCCCUUCGCUCCCUCCUUUUCUCCCCUCCCUAUGUCCCGUCUCCCAACCCUAGUCUCCCCCUGUUUCCUUCUCCCCUCUGCUUGCAUUCCAUUCUCCACUUUCUCUUCCCUGCAUCCUCAUUUCCCACUCCUCUCACUGUGUCCCCCUCUUCCCCCACUGCUCCCCCUCUCCCCCACUGCUCCCCAUGUCCCUUCAUCCCAUUGUGCACCAAACCUGUGUCACCCUCCCAAUUCCCCUCUCCAUGUCCUCUUGUCUCCCCCUGCUUUCUCUCUGUAUCCCCCCUCCACUUCCCUCCUGCUUAACUCCCCCUCUCCAUCUACCUUCCCUGCAUCCCCCUCUCCCCUUCCCCUCUGGAAAUGAAGUGGAGAAGGAGAGACUUCUUUUCAGUCCAGUCCUGAUGAAAGGCCUCGGCCUGAAAUGUCGACUGUUUACUUGUUUCCAUAGGUGCUGCCUGGCCUGCUGUUCCCCCAACAUUCAGUGUAUUUUGCAAAGGAGAUGGUUAUCCACGUCAGGAGAACACACACCAUCAGUGGCACAGCAGCAGAAGCUGCAAAUAGUUUUAAUCUCAUGAGGGUGCACUUCACACACAGCCUCUCAGGGUCUCAGAGCUUACCAAUACCUCAACUUUCUGACGAUGCUUUUGAGAGCAGGAUGAUGCACAUCUACGUUCAUGCCAUUCUACAGAAGCACAGUGCAGAGCAUCAGAACACGCUGCUUAACUGCUUUAUAUGGAAACUGCACUGCAGUGCAACGGGUAGUCAGAACUGCCAAAUGUGUCUUUGGCAUUAGCCUAUCUGCCAUCAUAUAUACAGAAAUGUGUUGGAAAAGGGGCAGUGACUUCAAAAAGCCCGGCUGGUGGCACAGUGACAUCAGUGCCGGACUCCGGAGUGAAGGUUCCCGAGUUCGAAUCCAGUCAGGCCACUCCCGGACAUGCUUUCUGUCCGUGCCCAGUUGAGUGUAAAAGUGGUCACUGAGGCUCUGGCAGAGUUUGGCACACAAAAAGAACGUCAUGAAGGACCACUCCCAUCCGGGAAGAGAUGGGCGUGUACCAUCCACAACAGGACUACUAGACUGAAAAACUGUUACUUUCCCCAAUGAGGCUGAUCAACACCUCCACAACUGACAACUUCCAGCCCAGACCACCACUUUAUCACUUCCUGAGAGAAUAGUGUAACUUUAUGGGCAUACAGUCUAUCAAGCUAUCUUAGUAUUUAUAUUUAAUGUGUUUUUUUAUUGUGUUCUUUUAUGCUGUAUCGGAUUCCGAGUAACAAGAAUUUCGUUUUCCUGUAAACUGGAAAUGAUAUUACAGUCAGUCCUGCCCCGUACGUGCGCUCUGCGUGGUGACGCAAUCACGUAAGAACUGCGAAGGCGGCGCAAGGGGAAUGCAAGUCCUCAGGCAGGCUCUGAGCAGCCUGAUGCUAGCCCUCACAAACAGCCCCUGCAAAGCAACCAUCUUUGCUCUGCUUUUCACGUUGUUGAUGUUUUCUGGCCUGAGAAGUGUGGGAUUAAGACUCUUUUCCAUGGAAGCGGCUUCCUACGUAUCCGGCACACACUCUGCUGCCUUCGUAACCUGCCCCAGUUUGGAGGUGGCCAAAACCAUCGCCAGAGGUGCUGUUGAGAAGAAGCUGGCUGCCUGUGUGAACAUUGUGCCACAGAUAACAUCCGUAUACGAAUGGAAAGGAAACAUUGAAGAGGACAGUGAAGUUUUACUUAUGAUUAAAACACGAACCGCUAAAGUCAAUGAUUUGGCAGCAUAUGUACGGUCAGUUCAUCCGUAUGACGUGGCAGAGGUUAUCAGCUUGCCAAUCGACCAGGGAAACCCACCUUAUAUGAAGUGGCUUGGCGAGGUGGUCCCGGAAUAGGUUCCCCAAUGGGUGAAGAUUGUCGGCCAAGCAAAGCAUCAUUGCUAAUGCCCAUGUUGUGUAGGGGACAGUCUCUUCCUCACUUUCCCCCGAAGGCUGCCUUACAAUUCUUCCUGUUUCAGAAAGAUUCAUGCUUCAAGUGUUUUUUCAGCAUGCAAAGCCGCAAUUAUGUCCUUGGCCAUGAAGGAACACCUGUCUUCUAAUCAUUGUUGAAUUUUCAGCUGCUGAGCUGCAGACAGUGAGGUGUUUGGAGCUUGAUAGUGAUUGAGCAGCAUUACACUUUUGCCUAAAUGGUGAUGCUCCCUUGUCAUUGAGCACAAGAGCCUCACUAACGCACCCUUCUGUAGUUGUCGCUGCUGAUUUCUGAUUAAAAAUGUAAGUUGUUA